AUGAGUAAGACGGGGGGCUCGGGCGAAAAGCAGGACCUCAGCAGGAGCAUGGAGCAAGUUUUGGGAGGAGAGCAGAAGGACUUCAAGGAGGUUGAUUCUAGUCUGGUGCUGUUGAUGCAGCGCCACGGGGGGGCCUGUCUCAUGCUUCCUAAGUACCACUGCGAGUGUAACCCCAUCGAGCUUGUUUGGGGCCGAGCGAAGGACUGGACUCGAAAGAACUGCAAAUAUUCGUUGGAAUGCUUGCGCAAGAACGUGCCGCUGAGUUUUAGACCAGAGAAGGAUAGACAGGCUGUUUCGGUAGUCCAGGGCUACUGCAAGAAGGGGUACAUACACGCCCUCAUGUACCGCGAGACGCGUGUGCAAGGGCCUGAGGGCAAGAAGACGUACAAGAAGUACAAGUCGCACAGGCGCCCGACCCCGAAGGAAUGGAGGCCGUAGAGUCGAUGGCGCAUUCUUGUUCAUUGAGCUGUAUUUGUUCAGUUUUUUUCCGUGUGUCUGGUGGGAAUGUUGUACAAAAAUGGAACAUUUUUGUUGAAAACGGCCAAUUUUUGUGUUGUAUGUACGCUAUAGGUGCGGUAGAGGCAUUUGCCUAGUGUUUGAGGGCGUUCCUGUGCACGUAUGGGUGGUUUGGUGCGAAAAAAAAAAAAAGGAUUAGCAAGAUAUAUGCUCUAUUAUAGUGUCAAUUUCGUGGGUUCGAGACCCGCCGCGAGCAUCUUUUUUUCUUUGUUUUUUUCUCUUUUUUUCCGUUUUUUUUUUGGCGACUCGCUACUCUUUUGCGCCUUGCCGCGGGCGUUCCGAAGCUGUUUUUCUUUUUCUUUUACUCGCUCUCAGUCAAAAGUUAUGGAGGGACAACCAAAAUCGGGUCCUUGAAAAUUACCACUUAAGCAUCCAAAAUUAGACUACACCAGAUCACAAUCAAUCGGUUGUUUGCGAGUAUUGUGACUUGCAGGAAAUUGCCCUUCCUCCAGGAAAGUCUCUUGCGCAACCUGGCUGCUCCAUUUUCGUUUCCUCCUCCGCCGCCACUUUCGUAUCACAACUUAUCGACGUCUCCCGUCGGCUCUGCAAUUUGGUCCAGAUGAAGUUUGUGGUCCAAAAUGAAGCCCUUUCUCCUCGCGGGAGCCUCCAUGUGACAAGAACCCCUCUAAACGCCAAACUCGAUUAGCGAGAAUUAAUUCCGAGACGAUCGAGUUUGAGAUGUAAAAAUAUCGUGCCUUUCUCUCUUGCUCGAUUUGAUGAUGGCCACCCUGCAGUUUUUCGGGACGGCACAUCGGGGCAUUGUAAAACCCGGUUCAGAAGACGUCCCGUGGAACAACUGCGGGUAUGAGGGGGGAUUACAGCAGCAGCAACAGUACUGCUGUCGUCACCUCGAACGGUGUUCUACAACGUCGUUGCCAAGCGACGAAAACUCCUAUUCUAAGGUACUUCUUCCGACAGGUGGAGGACGUACAUGACAUAGACUACAUGUACACGUAUCCACCGCUGUAUGCACAGCAGACAGCCGUAACCCCCCCCACCCAUUGAAUCAUGUAGAAGCUGCGACACGAAGCCAGAAGGUGGUGCAACAUUCUGUGUGCACGCACGCACCGAAAGCCAUCCAAAUGUGCACAACGACCCAUACAGAGUUAAAUGCUGCAGAUGCAUGUUUGCUUGCCGAGGUAACACCAAACACACCUUUCUUUCGCGGUGUGGUACUGUAGUCUAGUAGACUCUUCGCACGUAGUGUUGCCAUCGUGCAGCAGUAGAACACAGCAGUAAACGCAUGGCGUUCAAAAUGUUAAGGUUGUGGCCCAAUUUAUUUUCGCUGCGUACACAUCACUAAUCGGUGCAGACGUGGACCGGCAACUAUGUCUGGGGGCGCAUCCAACACUUGCGUUCUGUGUUUCUACACGACGCACUGUCCCCUCCUCCACCGUUGACAAGAACACGUUUGGGUAACGGGCGUUUACGGUGGAUUAGUUAUUCGGUUGCGAAUCUGUCUGUUGGGGUGAAGGGCCACUUCCGCAAACGCUCUUCGUCGCGAUUAUCGUGAGAAGCGGUUUGCAGGUACGUGCGUGCGCAUGGCUGACGAUAAGGCUGACGAUAACCGUCCUUCACAACAGCUUCCUCUUGGGGCUCGACGGUUCUACCCAUUUUUCAAGCCAAGUCGAAGUCAUGUGCGUGCGUGGUUGUCGAAUUUCGCUGUUCAUCUCUGUCUGUUGUGCAUAUUCAUUUGGAAACUGGCACGCGAAAUUAGGCGCUACAACACGCGCCCCGCCGUCGCGGGAGUUUUACGCAAAGCUGCACACACAUUCGACCACUUGCUCCCUGCCAUUCACGGACCACAGCGUCGUAUUUGACUCCGACAACGUGCGACGAAGAAAUUCAAAGGCCCAAGUUACCUAACCCUAAGACGAGUCAAACCACUUGAGCUACGAGUCGAACCACUUGAGCUACGACAGGUCGAUGGAGCGUUGGGAUUGAUUUAGCAUAGCGCAUGACCCGGCCCCCGCCCCCGCUGCUUGGUCGCGGCCGGAAGCGUCUUGCGAGCCGUAGCGCUGAACCGCGAGCCCCC